CCAUGUUCAAACAAAUCCUGUUCCAAGCAAUGUUGUUAAUGUUGAUAAUAGUUGUGUGGAAGCUGUUUCCUUUCAGGUUGAUUCAUUUUCAGUUGAGCAAAUCAUUAUGGAACCAGGUGAAAUGCCUGCUCAAAUUUUUCAGGAUGCAGAUGUAACUGAAUCCCUACUAGAUAAUAUUGAACCAGAGCCAAAUCUUGUAGAACCAGCUCAAGUUAAUUUACCCGAGGAACAAUUGCAUGUGCUAGAUCUGCUAAUCCAUCGCACAACCCUUUUGAAAGACAUGAUAACAGAAUUUUAUAAUCCAAAUGUAUUGAAAUCUACUAUAUUUUUUAAAGUAGUUGAUGCAAGAGGUAUGUUUGAGGAGGGAGAAGGAAGAGGUGUUGCACGUGAUCUUCUUACAGAGUUUUGGCACCUUUCUUAUCAGUCAUUAUCUAUUGGAGCAUCUACCAAGGUGCCAGCCAGUCGUCAUGAUUAUCAAAAGCUGGAAUGGGAGGCAGUGGCUAGAAUCAUGUUGUAUGGCUACUGCAAAGAAGUGUUCCCCAUUACAUUGUGUUCAGCUUUUGUUGCAUGUACUCUUCAUGGUGAAGACAGUGUUUCUUGUGAAGUGCUGUUAAACUCUUUCAUGGAGUAUAUGGCUGAAGACGAGAGAGAAGUGGUUGAUAACUUAAUGAAAAAUCGAUCAAAGAUAUGUAAAAAUGAAGACUUACUUGAAGUUUUAGGAAGCUAA